GGUUCACUUCUCAGUCUCUGCGGGUUAGAGGUGGACAUCGGUCACAGGUCACAGCGGCUCAGGGUCCGGAGGGUUUGGUUUGUUCUGGGUCGGAGGUUUUCAGGGAGGUCUUGUUAUAAAAGUCUGGUUCUGAACCGAAGUGAAUUGGUUUCUCGUCUCGAGGAUCAGACAUGACGCAGCUUCAGCUCGCGCUGCUUCUCGUUCUGCAGGUGUACACCUGUGCUCAAGAGGGCGUGGCCCCUGUAGGUGGAGACCUGGAUGCUGUCAGCCUCCCGGAGCUCAGUGACAUUUGCACUGAAGGCAGCUGUUACCCAGCAACAGGAGACCUUCUGAUUGGCCGAGCUCACCAACUGUCUUCCACCUCUACUUGUGGUCUGAAGCGACCCGAACCAUUCUGCAUCGUCAGCCACCUGCAGGAGGAGAAGAAGUGUUUUGUCUGCGACUCAGCGGCACUCUACGACGAGUUGAUGGAUCAGACACACAACCAUCGCAUCGAGAAUGUCGUGACUACGUUUGCUCCAAACAGACUGAAGACAUGGUGGCAGUCUGAAAAUGGUCAGGAGAACGUCACCGUUCAGCUGAAUCUGGAGGCGGAGUUUCACUUCACUCAUCUCAUCAUGACCUUCAAGACAUUUCGUCCUGCUGCCAUGGUGAUUGAGCGAUCAGCGGACUUUGGGAAGACGUGGCAGGUUUAUCGUUACUUCGCUUAUGAUUGCGAAACAUCUUUUCCCGCCAUUUCCCAGGGUCCAAUGCAGAAGGUUGAUGAUGUCAUCUGUGACUCACGUUACUCUGACAUUGAGCCGUCCACUGAGGGAGAGGUGAUUUUCAGAGUUCUGGAUCCGGCGUUCAGGAUCAACGACCCUUACAGCCCUAGAAUCCAAAAUAUGUUAAAGAUCACUAACCUACGAGUGAAGUUCACCAAACUGCACACACUUGGAGACAAUUUACUCGACUCUCGUAUGGAGAUCAAAGAGAAGUAUUACUACGCCAUCUACGACAUGGUUGUCCGAGGAAACUGCUUCUGCUAUGGACACGCCUCUGAAUGUGCCCCCAUCCACAGUGAUGGACAGACCCGGGAUGGCAUGGUUCAUGGUCACUGCAGGUGCAACCACAACACUAAAGGUCUGAACUGUGAACAGUGUCAGGAUUUCUAUCAUGAUUUUCCCUGGAAACCAGCAGAGGGCCGUAACACAAACGCCUGCAAGAAGUGUAACUGUAACCAGCACUCUGACUCAUGCCACUUCGACAUGGCCGUAUUCGUGGCUUCAGGAAAUGUCAGCGGGGGUGUCUGUGACGACUGUCAGCACAACACAGCAGGACACAACUGUGAGCAGUGUAAACCGUUCUACUACCAACAUCCAGAGAGAGAUGUGAGGGACCCCAACAUCUGCCAGCCUUGUAGCUGUGACCCUCUGGGUUCUUUGAAUGGAGGAUCAUGUGACCAGAAGACGGAUGUUAGAACCGGUCUGAUUGCUGGUCAGUGUCGCUGUAAAGUCAAUGUGGAGGGAGAACGCUGCGAGCGCUGCAAACAGGCUCACUACGGACUGAGUGACACAUCUGAAGGAUGUUCAGCAUGUACUUGUAGCCCUGUGGGAACAGUUCCAGGAGGAAAUCCCUGUGACAGUGAAACAGGAACUUGUUUCUGUAAACGUCUGGUGAUUGGACGAGACUGUGACCAGUGUGUGGUGAGAAAACAAAGUUAUCAUGUUACACAGGGUCAGGGUCUAAUAAAACAUGAUAUUGAAGUAUCUGAGUGUGAUCAGAUGAGAAUCAAAAUGAAGCUGUGUGAUCAGGUGACUGGUCAGUGCAUCUGCAGAGAUCACAUGUUUGGUCGUCGCUGCGAUCAGGUCGAGUCUGGAUUUUACUUCAUUGCUCUGGAUCACUACACCUAUGAGGCAGAGGAUGCCAUUUUUGGACCUGGAGUGACAGUGGUGCCGAGGCCCCACCCUCAGGACCGCAGUCCCACCUGGACAGGUAUUGGCCUAGUCAAUGUCCCAGAAGGGGCCUUCCUGGAAUUUGCAGUGGAGAACAUCCCUGACUCCAUGGAGUAUGACAUCAUCAUCCGCUAUGAACCACAGCUGCCCGACCAAUGGGAGGAGGUUCUGAUGACUGUGAUGAGGCCUGGGCCAAUCAGAGCAGACAGCCGCUGUAUUAAUACCGUACCUGAUGAUGACAACCAGAUGAUGUCACUCCACCCUGGCUCACGGUAUGUGGUUCUUCCAAGACCAGUUUGUUUUGAAUCUCAUCUGAACUACACCGUCCGCCUCAGUCUGCCUCUGUACUCAGCCCUCAGUGACAUCCAGUCUCCGUACACACUUAUUGACUCGAUCGUGUUGAUGCCGCACUGUAAAAACCUGGAUAUCUUCACAGCCUCAGAGGGAGGAGACUCCAGUGGGAACAGCGGAUGGGAUAUUUUCCAGCGUUAUCGUUGUUUAGAGAAUAGCCAGAGCGUUGUCAAGACACCAAUCACAGAUAUCUGCAGAAACUUCAUCUUCAGCAUCUCUGCCAUGUUGCACCAGGGAGCUAAAGAAUGUCAGUGUGACCUUCAGGGCUCCCUCAGUACCGUGUGUGAACCCAGUGGAGGUCAAUGUCAGUGUCGCCCCAAUGUGGUCGGAAGAAAUUGUGACGCGUGUGCUCCGGCCACAUUCCAGUUCGGACCCAAUGGCUGCAGAGAAUGUGCAUGUGACCGUCAAGGUUCACAAAAUCCAUUUUGUGACCAGCUCAGCGGACAGUGUGUCUGUGUUGCCGGUGCAUAUGGUCGCCAGUGUGAUCGCUGUCUGCCAGGUCACUGGGGGUUUCCUACCUGUCGAACCUGCCCAUGCAAUGGACAUGCUGACGACUGCGACCCCAACACUGGAUAUUGCAUCAGCUGCAGGGACCACAGCACUGGACACAGCUGUGACAGGUGUCUAGACGGUUUCUAUGGUGACCCCAUGUUGGGGUCAGGUGACCACUGUCGUCCCUGCAUGUGUCCCGAUGGCCCCGGCAGCCGGCGGCAGUUUGCAGGAAGCUGUUACCGAAGUGACGACUCACAGCAGGCGAUCUGUGUCUGCAACACUGGAUAUAGAGGUGCUCGCUGUGAUGAGUGCUCACCUGGUUACUAUGGAAACCCUGGUGAGGGGGGGGGUCAGUGUCAACCAUGUCAGUGCAACAACAAUAUCGACAUGUUGGACCCAGAGUCUUGCAACGGUCAAACCGGCGAGUGUCUACGCUGCCUGUACCACAGCGAGGGCACCGCCUGCCAGAGCUGUAAACUGGGUUACUACGGCAACGCACUGCUGCAGGACUGUAGAAAGUGCGUUUGUAACAAGCUCGGCAGCAACAUCUCCAGCUGUGCGUCCGGUGACUGUCACUGUGACAGCAGCAGUGGUCAGUGUCACUGUCUCUUGAACGUGAUUGGUCAACACUGUGACCGCUGUGCUCUGGACACCUGGAACAUGGCGAGUGGCAGCGGCUGUCAGCUCUGCGACUGUGAACCCAAACACUCGUACGGGACGUCCUGCAACGAGAUCAGUGGUCAGUGCUCCUGUCGCCCCGGCUUCGGCGGAAGAACCUGCAGCGAGUGUCAACAGCUGUUCUGGGGAGAUCCAGAGGUCCAAUGUCACGCCUGUGACUGCGACCCUCGGGGCGUCUCUGAACAUCAGUGUAACAAAGUCAGUGGUCACUGCGUCUGUGUGGAGGGCGUGUCUGGACCACGUUGUGACACGUGCGCACGUGGAUUCUCAGGAAUAUUCCCCGACUGUCGCCGCUGCCACCGUUGCUUUGCAGAAUGGGACAAUGUCAUCGGUCAGGUGACCAAUCAGACGCACCGCCUUGUUAACAAGGUCAAUGCCCUCAAAGCCAGUGGAGUGAGCGGACCGUACAAGAAGUCCAUCGACAACAUCGAGAGGAGCGCCGCGGACAUCUGGGUCGUGUUGAACCAGAACCCAGCUUCACAACCGCUCACUGAGAUCCAGCACCUGCUUCAACAGGCCAGUGACCUGAUGAGGGCCCUGAGCCAGAUGUUGAGCCACACAGAAGAGACUCUGGUCCAGGCAGAGGAAGGGGACUCGGCUGCACAAUCUAAACUGGACUCUGUGACAUUAGAUGCUCAGAAACUGGAGCGCACUGUUCAGGAGCUUCUGGAUCAAGUUGAGUUCAUCAAAAACUCUGACAUCAGAGGGGCGACAGACAGCAUCACUAAGUACUUCCUGCUGUCUGAGGCAGCUGAAGCUCGAGCCAACUCCUCCACCAUCGAUGCUGGAAGCUCUGUGGAAACCUCUGCCGCUGUACGGCAGCUCACAGAGGACAAACUGAACCAAACCAGAGAGGAGUUCCUGAGGAGACACACUGAGCGUGCUCAGAAACUGGACGACCUGGCUGGAGAGCUGCAGACUCUGGACCUAUCAGAGAUCAGCCAGAAGACCUGUGGCAGUCCAUCAGCGGAUCAGGAUUUGUGCACCAGCUGUGGAGGUGAAGGAUGUGACGGCGUGGUGAUGACGGCCAACAGUGCGUGGAGGAAAACUCAAGAGUCAGAGCAUGAAAUCAUCAGUGCCAUGGGGGAAGUGGAAAAACUGUCUAAGAUGGUGUCAGAGGUCAAGCUGAAGGCAGAUGAAGCAAAACUGAGUGCUCAGGAAGUUCUGAUGAAGACCAACAGAACCAAACAGAAAGUGGACCAGAGUAACGAUGAGCUGAGAAGUCUCAUCAGACAGAUCAGAGACUUUUUAACACAGGAUGCCGCAGAUUUAGAGAGCAUCGAGCUGGUGGCUAACGAGGUUCUGGCCAUGCAGAUGCCAACUACGCCGGUACAGCUACAAAACCUCACAGAAGAGAUCCGACAGAAGGUGGGAGAACUGGGACAUGUGGAGACCAUUCUGCAGCAGAGUACUGACAACAUCCAGAGAGCUGAGAACCUGCUGGACCAGGCCCGUCACGCCAGUGUGGAGGCAGCUGAUGUGAAGGACUCUGCAGAGAAAAUGAAGAAAGCUCUGGAAGAAGCUCGGAGAGCUCAAGACGCAGCCAGCAGCGCUAUCCAGCAGGCGGCCGCCGACAUCCAGAAUACCAACAACCUACUGUCUUUAGUGCAGUUUGAGACAACAGAAGCAGACCUGAAGCUAAACAACGCCACCAAGAGGCUGCAGAGGCUUGAGCAGGAUGUAACAUUACUAAUAGACAAAGCUGUAAAUGUCACUAAGAGCUCUGAACAGACCAAUCAGGAUGCAGAAAGAAUCACAGAGAUAGCAGAGGAGGUGAAGAAAGACCUGGAGUCCGACCUGAAGGAUAAGUAUGCCACAGUGGGGCAGCUGAUUGAUCAGAAGGCAGGGGGUGUGGCUAAUGCCAAGAAGAGGGCGGAGUCACUGCAACAGGAAGCCAAACAGCUGUUGUUGCAGGCCAGCGACAAGCUGCAGCUGCUGAAAGAGCUGGAGAAGUCGUACAAUGAAAACCAACAAACUCUGGAGGUGAAGGCUGAGCUGCUGGUGGAACUGGAGGCUGCUGUUAAAGAGCUGCUUCAAGAGAUCAGCCACAAGGUCACGGUCUACAGUACCUGUCUGUUCUAGGGUCAAGGUCAAGUUGAGAUAGACAUCUGAGCAGAAUUAAAGCAAUAUCAUAAUUAUUUUAAACCUGCUUGUGAUGUGGAUCACACCAAUCAAACAUUUCAGAGAGAAGAAAUAGCAAACAUUUAGCUGUUCAAUAAUUUAGGAAAAUAUAUUGAAUUUAAUUUGAAUUUCAGGUCAUUUACAAAAUCAGCAACUGGCAAAAGCAGCUAAAAUUAAUCAAACUGAAUAAAUGUUGUGGUCUGUUCAAUUUCCUUGUUAAUGUAAUAAAGUUGAUUUAACCAGAU